AGACGACAGCCCGCACAGAGAAACGCGCCUUAGGCUACGUGCGAUUGAGUAAAACAAUUGCGAGUUAUAGGGGUGUUUUAUCAAUACGCCAAGUAGAGGAUACGCUUUAAAAUUCAUUCCCACUUGGAAAGAAAAGCCGCGCUUGAAGAAAGCAGCUGAAGGGACGAUCAAUGAUUUUUUAGACUUUGUUAGAAUCUGUAUCCACUCUGCAACUCCCUUGGUGAUGACCACUGAUUAUGCUUCAAGUCAAUCCCACGUUAACAAAACCAUAUCUUCCUCCUUUCUCAGAACAGUUUGUUUACAAGAUUGGUGGCUGAUUAAAGCUGAAAAGGACUUCGAUGGGAAGAGAUUAGCCAUUGGAGGUUUGACAUCCAAACAAUGCCAGGUGGGGAGAGUUUUUUCAUCUGCACCAAUCAUCAAAAGAUAUGAUAUAUUUACACUUGAGACAGCUGAUGGGAUCAAUGUUAUGAUUAAGGGCUUCAUAAAUAGAUCUCGCACACAUCAACAUGGUUUCCCUGAUGAGGUCUGUAAUCAUUUCCUCAUUGGAUUUCCUUAUGAUUGGGAGGCUUAUGCUGGUGAAUAUUUUGGCAAUGAAUCCAAUAUUGGAGGCAUCCCUUCAGGAGAAUGCAGUGUGAAUGUUGAAGCACCUGCAUGUCCGAACAUGAAGAGUUCCAGUUCAUCCAAUUGGCUUGCAACCUUUUCAGAGGAAACUCCAAAUAAAAAUAAGAAGGCCAAGAGUAAACAAGAAGAGUGCCGAAAUAAGCAGUUGAAUGGAAAUUUUAACAAUGAUACUGGUCCAUCUAGUGACAAAGUGGAUGGUGUUAAUGGAAUCCCAGGUCAAUCUGAAUCCAGGAGAUCAUGUUAUAGGGCUAGGAGCUUAAAGAUCAAAUUUAAAGAGGGUCAAACAACAAACAGUAGCCAAGAGGUGUCUGAUUUUGUAAAGAGUGUUGUAAAUAAUAUUGACUGCAAAUCAGGAGGCAAAAGUGCCUUUGAUUGGCCUGAUGCUGGACCUCAAGAUACUAAUAGUGAAUCUUUGCUAAAAGAUCAUGAUAGUGGAUGUCAUAAGCAUGUAUCUAAGAACUGCCUGUUGUCCUCUACUACUACUGAUGCCAGACAAGAACCAACCAAUGAAAAUUCUAUGGGUCAUGGUGAAGCAAAGAGUAGCAACCUAAAUCAAUCCUUCAGGUCUCUGAUUGGUAGUGCAGACUGUACAAAUGAGUUGAAAAAUACAGUUGGAAAUGAAAAAUGCAAUUUUCAUGACAUAAGCAUGUCUGGGAGGAAAACAAAGAGGAAACUGGUUUCUACGUUUAGUCAGGAGAGAAAACAUUCUUCAAUUGUCUCUCCAGAAUGUCUUAGUUUCAGAAGGUCCAGGUCAGGACGUCUACUUGUACCUACUCUAGAAUUUUGGCACAAUGAGCAAGUUGUCUAUGAUGCGGAUGGUCAGAUCACUGGAAUCCAGAAGGGUCUCCCUACUAUAGAAACUUCUGCAGGAAGUAGAUCUCAUACCCAGGAAAAGAAAAAGAAACGCGUAUGAGUACACUUCACUAUUUAUUAGAAUCAGCUUUGACAAAAAAGAGGGAAGCAACAUACUAAAUGGGAUGGGACAGACAGGCUACACUGGCUUAGUAGGGGGCUCACUCAACUAUGCAGAGGCAACAGAAUUAUAGAUGAUCCAGUUAGACCAGCUUUGUAGAGGCUUCACCCAGUUCUCAACUGGCCAAUUUCAUGGUUUUGGACCCAUAACCUCUAGGUAGGAAAGUGCUUCUGAAACUUGGCUUUUGUGACAAAUGAAUUGGAUGGAUCAAGGAAUAUUUUUCUACAACAUCCUUUCAAAUCCUUUGUUAAUGGGUUUGCUUCUGUAAUCUGCCUAGAAAUAGACCUUAUAUUCAAGAGAAACAUUAAACAAAUAGGAGAAGAGAAGAGUGAAAGAAAGAAAGAAGAAAGGAAGAAAAGAUUAGGGCUACAAGCUGUAGGAGAUAUGUUCAUACAUUCCUAUCUACUGCCCAACUUUAAUUAAUAAUAUAGAGACAUGGAAUUACAACUU